GUCCCCACUUUACUCCAUCUCUCUCUCUAUUCUCCCCACGUUCUUCACUUGACCAGCUCCUGUUCUGAGACCACUGCUUUUCGCCUUUACAUACUGCACUCUGCCACUUUCUUUGUCUAUUGCUCGUACCGUGAGCCCAACACACCGACACCAAGAUGGAGGCCGUCAAGAAGAAGAUGAUGAUGCUCAAGCUGGAUAAGGAGAAUGCUCUGGACCAGGCCGAGCAGGCAGAGACUGACAGGAAAGCAGCAGAGGAUAGAAGCAAACAGCAUGAGGAUGAGCUAAUUCAAAUGCAGAAGAAACUGAAGGGAACUGAGGAUGAGUUGGACAAAUACUCCGAGGCCUUGAAGGACGCCCAGGAGAAACUGGAGAUAUCCGAGAAGAAAGCUGCGGAUGCUGAGGCAGAAGUGGCGUCUCUGAACAGGCGUAUCCAGCUGGUUGAGGAGGAGUUGGACCGUGCUCAAGAGAGACUGGCCACAGCCCUGCAGAAGCUGGAAGAGGCAGAGAAGGCCGCAGAUGAGAGCGAGAGAGGGAUGAAGGUGAUUGAGAACAGGGCUCUGAAGGAUGAGGAGAAGAUGGAGCUCCAGGAGAUCCAGCUCAAGGAGGCCAAACACAUUGCUGAGGAGGCCGACCGCAAGUAUGAGGAGGUGGCUCGUAAGCUGGUGAUUGUUGAGGGAGAGUUGGAGCGUACAGAGGAGAGAGCAGAGCUUGCUGAGAGCCAUGUCAAGCAGAUGGAGGAGGAGUUGAGAGCUCUUGACCAGACAUUGAAGACUCUGCAAGCCUCAGACGAGAAGUACUCCCAGAAGGAGGAUAAGUAUGAGGAAGAAAUCAAGAUCCUCACUGAUAAGCUGAAGGAGGCUGAGACCCGUGCUGAGUUUGCAGAGAGGUCUGUGGCCAAACUGGAGAAAACCAUUGAUGAUUUGGAAGAGAAACUGAGAAAUGCUAAAGAGGAGAACGUCAAGAUCCAUGCCACUUUGGACCAGACCCUGAGUGAGCUCAACAGUUUCUAAGGACCUUGACCAGUAAUACCAACGUCUUCCAUUCUUGACACCCUCAUCUCAUUUAGUUUCUUUCCCUCUGCUCCCUUGAUUCUUCCAUUUUCUGAAACCCUGUUCUCUUGGGGUAGGGCUCACCAAGCCAACCAGCAAAACGUUGGUGCCUCUUGAUGUCUUCAAAUGUACUUUUUUUGGAGCACUUGUAAAGCUUCACUGCUCAUCUCCUCAGAAAAUCCCAAGUGAUUUUGGCUAGAAUUUAUUAUGGUAUUCCAAAAGUGUCAAAUCAUAUGUGCCAGUCCAGAGAUAGCUUUUAUGAUCAGAGAUUUUGUGUUUGUGGUGUAUUUGUUUUUCCACACAUCUAUUAUUGCCAAAACUUUUCCCACCAUCAUUCAAUAAUUAUUUCUUUUUUUUUUUUUUUUUUUUUUUUUUUUUUUACCUGUCUUACUGCAGGCAGAUUUACAUGCAAUUUUGUGCUGUAAAAGCCAUCUUGGAAAAAAAAGUAUGAUAUACAUUUUUCCUGUUGAUAUGGCUCAGUAUAUUUCCGCUGUUCUUGUUGGUGCCUGAUGCUUCCCUGCUAUCCUCUUCUACCUCUUCACUCUUAUCAUUCUGCAAAAGUUUUUGCUGCCUGUUGGUGUCACAGGUUUUGGGACCAAAACCACAUCAUGUGGUCUGUAGCAGUGUGCUCAACCAUGACGGGAGGACCAUUGUUUUUGUUUUUUUAUUAAAAGCAUUUGCUUCCUUUUUGGAGUUAUUUUUUUUGUUUUUUUUAAGUAAUAUAUGUAUUGUUAAUUUGGGAUAUAACACCACCCCCCUAUGCAUUUUAACACAAAUCCUUACCUUUUCAAACCACUAUUUUGAAAUGCUGCACUGUUGUGGGCUUAUGGUAGGAAUCCUUUGAGCAGAGGAGACCAAGUCAUGGUUUCUUCAUUCACUCUGAAUGGUGAACUGUUUUGGUUUGGUUUUUUUGUUUCCUUUAAAGAGCCAUAUUCUGCCCAUAGAAGAAAGGUUGAAGAUUAGACUUUUUUUUCUUUUCUUUUUUUUUUUUCUUUU